AUGAUGGGUUUUAGGCUCUGGAGAUUGUUUACUACUUCAAUUCUCCUCUUUCAUGGCUUCUGUUUAUCUGACAAAGCACCAAACUACACUUUCAUGCACGAAGCAACCUCAGCUCCAGAAGUAUCCUAUUAUGACUACAUCAUAGUUGGUGGAGGCACCGCCGGCUGCCCAUUAGCCGCCACUCUCUCGCAAAACUCCAACGUCCUCCUCCUCGAACGAGGCGGCUCUCCAUACGGGAACCCUAACAUCACCAACCUAGAUGCAUUUGGUGAAGCCCUUUCUGACAUUUCUCCAUCAUCUCCUUCUCAACGCUUCAUCUCCGAGGACGGUGUGAUAAACGCCCGAGCUCGGGUUCUAGGCGGCGGAAGCUGCCUGAACGCUGGAUUUUACACUCGUGCCGCCCCACUGUUCGUGCAAGACGCCGGCUGGGACUGGCUGCUGGUGAAUGAGUCUUAUUCGUGGGUGGAAAAGAAAGUGGCAUUUGAGCCUCCCAUGAGACAGUGGCAAUCUGCUGUAAGAAAUGGAUUGCUGGAGUCUGGUGUCACUCCUUACAAUGGAUUUACGUAUGAUCAUUUGAUUGGUACAAAGGUUGGUGGAACAAUUUUUGAUGUUGAAGGGCAUAGGCAUACUGCAGCUGACCUUCUUGAAUAUGCAAACCCUAGUGGACUCACUGUGUUAUUACAUGCUUCUGUUCAUAGAAUCAUGUUCAGAACCAAAGGUAAAGAGAGGCCAACAGCUCAUGGGGUGGUCUUUAGAGACCCAUCAGGAACUAAGCAUAGAGCGUAUUUGAAGAAUGGGCCAAAGAAUGAGAUUAUUGUGUCAUCUGGGGCACUUGGAAGCCCACAACUUCUAAUGUUGAGUGGUAUAGGCCCAAAAGAGCACCUUAAGGCCCAUAAUAUUUCAGUGGUUGUGGACCUGUCUUUGGUAGGCCAAGGAAUGUCAGAUAACCCAAUGAAUGCAAUAUUUGUACCAUCUCCAAAUCCUGUUGAGGUAUCCCUCAUUGAGGUGGUCGGGAUCACAAAAUAUGGAAGCUACAUCGAAGCUGCAAGCGGAGCAAAUUUUAAUGGUGGCUCUCCUCGGAGAGACUUCGGGAUGUUCUCCCCCAAGGUAAGAUUAGAAGAAUCAAGUGAUUACGGUCUCUCAACAUCAUGUUCCAUAAAAGAAACAUCGAAGAUUGGGCAAUUAUCAACAGUUCCACCAAGGCAAAGAACUCCAGAAGCUCUAGCCAAAGCCAUUGAUGCCAUGGAACAACUUGAGCCAGCAGCAUUUAGAGGUGGAUUCAUCCUAGAAAAAAUCAUGGGCCCAAUCUCCACAGGCAAUUUACUCCUCAAAAACAAGAGCCCUAAUGACAAUCCAUCAGUCACAUUCAAUUACUUCAAAGAACCACAAGAUUUACAAAGAUGUGUUGAUGGGCUCAAAAUAAUUGAAAAUGUGAUUGAAUCAAAGGCACUUUCUCAGUUCAGAUAUGAUUAUCUUUCACUGCCAGUUCUCCUUAACAUGUCAGCCAAUGCACCUGUGAAUUUGCUACCUAAACAUGCCAAUGUUUCAACUUCAUUGGAGCAAUUUUGUAAGGAUACUGUGAUGACUAUAUGGCAUUAUCAUGGAGGGUGUCAAGUUGGGAGAGUGGUUGAUACAGAUUAUAGGGUUCUUGGAGUGGAUGCUUUGAGGGUUAUUGAUGGAUCCACCUUUAAUUACUCUCCAGGAACAAAUCCUCAAGCCACUGUUAUGAUGCUUGGAAGGUAA